GAAUAUCUAGCGGCUAGAAUUUGAUCAGACAUUUCAUGCUAUCUUCUCCGGGGUGUGGCCUCACAAAAAUGGGAACUUGCUUUAGCUUUCAACUCUUUUAGCACAAAUAAUUGAACCACUGAAAAAGAAGAAGAUGAUGAUGAUGGACGGCGCCGUUGCGAUUUCACGUUUCUCUGCUUCAAACGCACCACUUCUCAUCCGAUCCAUGGCUACGCAAAAACCAACUCCAUCCACUAGUAAAAAGACAACAACUGUAUUUCCAGUAGGGGAGAAACCUAGGCCGGGCAAUUCUUCGUCUACACCACCAGUGAAGUUAUUGACAAGAGUGGAGCAACUGCGACUGUUAACUAAAGCAGAGAAAGCUGGUUUACUAUCAGCUGCUGAGAAAUCUGGACUCUCUUUAUCGACAAUUGAAAGACUUGGUCUUCUUUCAAAAGCCGAAGAAUUGGGGAUUCUUUCAGCAGCUACUGACCCUUCAACUCCAUCAGCACUCUUCAGUUUGAGUUUGGGAUUGUUGGCUGUGGGUCCUGUUUGUGUGUAUCUGGUGCCGGAAGAUUACCCUUGGCAAAUCGGUUUGCAAGUUGUGGUUGCUCUACUUUCUGUUGUUGGUGGCUCUGCAGCUUUUGGAGCCUCAAAUCUUGUUUCCACUUUGCAGAAAGUAAAUUGAAAUCAGGAAACUUAGAUGAGCAUGGAGCACGAAUAGCUGAGGUUAAAACCCAAGGCAAUACUCUUUUAUCAUAUCUUGAUUUGUGCAUGGGCCAUGUCAAUCUUCUCUGUAUCGUUUCAGUUUUAUCGAGUGUCCAAGAUCGGAUGCAAAACUCUUAGUACACAUAAAAGGAAAUUGCUAAUACACGUGUAUAUCUUUUGAAAGACACUGUGAAACACUUGAAUCUUGAUGAACUUUGCCAACUUGUUGGGGAUAAUGCUGUACAAUAUAACUGCACUGUUCUGUGAAGGGCUCAGAAACUUAGACGUAUUUUAGUUUUUUUUUUGCACUGC